AUGUUUAGAAAUGAAAUACGAACACAAUUGAACCACAGAUCGGUAAUUCAUAAUGCAGUACAAGCAGGUUGCAAUCCAAUGGUAUGUGUUGUUCAGGACUUUUGUAAAGGCAAAUCUGUGGAAGAGCCGGCACUCCCUAAAAAAUUAUUGGAAUUAUCUGACAGUAAGACUGAGCACUUACAGGGAUUGUUACCGUUAGUUCCUGGAAUGCCAGUUAUUAUUACACAAAAUAUUGCUAUUGAACUGGGAUUAAUUAACGGCAUCAAUGGAAUUUUUAGACCACUAGUUUAUGAUACUGAUUCAGUGUCAACAAUAAUCUAUCAAACACGUUUCCAAUGA